UGGCCGGCCGGACAUCUUCACACCUAGAGUCGCUACGGAAAACUAAAGCGCAUCGUGGAUCACUCCUUGCGGGAAGGCAGCUGCUAAUCUGCCAAGCCCGGCCGCCGGCCUGAAACUCGACCCUCUUCUGCUAAAAUUCAGCGGCACUUCCUCCGCCGAGUGAAUAAACAACGACGAGGGCGCCCGACGAGGCGCCGAGUGUUAAAUCCGCACGCAAGCACCGCGUCCCGGUCAGACACCAACCAACCAACCAGCUCCGAGGUCCCACAAUCCACGCCCCGCAGCCGGCCACGAUGUGCACCCUGGAGCAGCGCGGCCGCGUGUUCGUCCUCACCCUCACGGGCGACGGCGAGCACCGCCUGGGCCACCCGCUCAUCGCCUCCAUCCGCUCCGCGCUCGCCUCCGUGCUCGCGGCGGCCCAGGCCCAGCCCCAGGGCCCGGGGGCGGCCCUGGUGACCGUCGCCGAGGGCCGCUUCUUCUCCAACGGGCUCGACGUCGGGCGGGCGGGCGGCUCCCGCGCGCGGCUCCGGGAGCUCGUCGACGCGUUCCGCCCCAUCGCCGCCGACCUGCUGGCGCUCCCCAUGCCCACCGUGGCCGCCGUCACGGGCCACGCCUCCGCCGCUGGGCUCCUCCUCGCGCUCUGCCACGACUACCGCCUCAUGCGCGCCGACCGCGGCGUGCUCUACAUGGGCCUCCCGCUCCCGCCCUACGUCGCGCGCCUGCUCCGCGCCAAGAUUACCCAGGCGCACGCGCUCCGGGACGUCGCGCUGCGCGGGAGGAAGCUCAGGGCGCCCGAGGCCAGGGAGAUGGGGAUCGUCGACGCCGUCUGCGCCGGCGCGCCCGAGACCGCCGCCGAGGCCGUCAAGCUCGCCGAGCAGCUCGCGGCCAGGGAGUGGGACGGCGCCGUGUACGCGUCCAUCAGGGUCUCCACGUUCCCCGAUGCGUGCAGGGCCGUCGGGAUUGCCGUGGAGAGCGACGAGGAGAAGAGCAGGCACUUCGCUUCCAGACUCUGAUCAGGGGAGAUGGGGAGUUAGAGAUGAAGCGGCACAAUCUGCGAGCAAGGCGUGAGUACCCGAGCUAUUAGCUGUGCUUAACUAACACUAUGUACAGCCUUGUGAAAUCUGAAUACGACUGCACCAAGAUUUGUCUCAUCAUAGUUCUUGCCUACAAUCUUUCUUCAAGCUCCUGAACGGACCUGCCUUUUCUCCUGCAGAGUGUCUCUCUUGUAUUCUGCAACUGUACAUUGAUCAACCGUCGAUGAUCUGAAUGAAGCAGGCACUACAUACUACUUCUGCAGACGUUGUAUUUCUCUUGCUUUGGAAGUGUGAAAUAAACAGAAUGCCUGUGUGUGUGACUGUUGGACUGAUUAUUUUGCUGCUGCUGCAGUGAGAUUCUCAUCUACAAAAUCGACAUAUGACGUGCCAGGAUGCAUUUUGUUCUUUCGAUAUUUUUUCUUUAUUGGAACCAUGUGAAAGACGAGA